CAGCAGGAUGCAGAGGUGGUCUGUAGGGAGCUUGGCUGUGGGGCUCCUUCAGUCCUCCAGGGUGCGCUCUAUGGAGGAGUGGAUGCUCCAAUGUGGACCGAAGAGUUCCAGUGUGGAGGCCAUGAGUCUGCUCUCCAGGACUGUGGAAGAUCAGACUCAACUAGAAACACCUGCUCAUCUGGCAAAGCUGUUGGACUCACGUGCUCAGAGCCUGUCAGGUUGGUUGGAGGAGCAAGUCACUGUGCAGGUACACUGGAGGUGAAAUACCAGGGACACUGGAAACCAGUGGAUGACUUUUCCAUGGAGGCUGCAGCUGCAGUGUGUACGGAGCUGAACUGUGGAGCAGCUCUUUCAACAGGAAAGGUGGAAAGUGAACGUAAACGUGUUCUGUCGAUCCAUAUUCCCUGUGUGGAAGAUGGAUUUGCUGUGAGGGAAUGUGUAGACCGACAUUUCUCCCCCUCUCACCUGGAGAUCACCUGCUCAGAUGAUCUCCAUCUCAAGUUUUUGUCCACCACUGCAGAGACUACGAGAAACAUGACCUUAAUUCCGAUUUGAUUUAUUACCCCAUUAAACACUUUCCUAAUGAGUAUAUAGUCUCAAUCAUUAGUUUCAAGUCUUCUUCAAUACAGCAUGAUGUUCAUUUUGUAAAUUAUGGUCCCAUUUAAUUUAAAUUUGAAAAUAAAGCAGGUUAUGCUUUAGGACGUGACUACCUUGUGACUAACAAGUUGCUACCAUGGCGACAAUGUUGAUAAAAUAACUUAACCAUGGUGUAACCCCAGAUUCUUAGAGUAUAGAUGUCGAUGCUGGUAUUUCACAGUGUGUUUUCAGUUCAUGAAAGUUAAUUGUAAUAUUUUGGUCACCUAAAUAAGUCUUGUUCAGUGUUAUUGUACUAAAAGACCCUCUAAGGCAGUGAUUCUCAACUAGUGGGUCACGACCCAAAAAAUAA